AUGGUACACUGUAGCGUGUCAGUUGUUGACCUUCAGGAUCAUAGGGCUGAUUGGGAGCUUCAGCUCUGCCCAGCAUCAAAAGAGAGUAUGGAACAAUGGCAGGAUCAUGAGAGUUCCUCUGGCUCGAUUCGGGAUGCCGGUGGGGCCUUUGGGAAGAGAGAGCAGGCUGAAGAGGAGCCGUUCUUCCAACAGAAGACUAAAGAACAACUGGAAGCCUUGAAGAAACAUCAUGAAGAUGAGAUCUAUCAUCAUAAAAAGGCGAUUGAGUGUAUGGAGAAAGAAAUUGAACGGCAUAAGCAGAAGAUCAAACAACUAAAACAUGAUGAUUAAAAGCAUAUAUUCCCCAUAGAAUGUCAUCUAUCAAUGCCCACUUCUAUAUAGGCAUAAUCUG